UCCCCGAGGAGCAUCCUGGAGUCGGUGAACACGGCCUUGGAUAUUAAAUCCCUCUCUGUUGUGACACAUCCAUUGUUCCGCUGCUGCUGUUUGGACAAUGAAGAGCCAACACACCAUUACUUUACCAGAUGCUGCAGGCCUUUCCAAGAUUAUGAAGUAGAUCUCCUCACUCCUAAUCCAUGACAUGGCCUUCCACUGAGGUGAGAGCAGGAUGUUGGCACCCCCCUGCAGACUGUACUGCCUGUUGAAGCGUGCUCAGAUGCUGCUGCUCGGCCUUGGCAUCGCCUACCUGAUGGCGGGCAGCAUCCUGCUCCUGCAGCGCUCCAGCAUCAGAGUCACACAGCCCAACCUGGCCAGCCUGCCGCCUCUGCUGUCCCUCGCUGCCCCCCCCACUGCCCUCAGGCCCGCUGGCCUGGGCGUGAGGACGCGCUCCAGAUGGGCCUCCGUUCAGCCCCAGUCUGGAGGGGGGGCCAAGGCCAGCAGACACUGGCCUGCGUCCCAGCGCCUGGGGGUCCAACACUUGCAUCGGCGCUGGUUCCACAGUCUGCUGCCGGAGAGCCCGGAGCAGAGAGCCCCUCUGCACAGCAGACAUAAAGGAACCUACAUCGGAUGCUUUCUUCACAACGCUAGCGAUCGAGCCCUGGGGGGGACCAUGCUUUAUGACCUGCGCAAAAUGACCAGUUCUCUGUGUCAGGACACCUGCUCAGAAAGUGGGUACCAGUUUGCAGGUCUGGAGUACGGAGCUGAGUGCCACUGUGGGAACCGGAUCAGUAGCUCGCGGGCUGCGGAGGAGGACUGUAGUCUGGUGUGUCGGGGGGAGAGGGGGUCUCCCUGUGGAGGUGUGGGCCGACUCUCCAUUUACAAGGUGGAGGAGCAGCUGCCAGGUCACAGAAAGUUCAAAAACGUGCACCACCGCGGCUGCUUCAAGUUACCGAACAGCACCAUCAGCACCUUCCCCGUCUCCUCCUUCCAGCCCAACCUGACCACUCAGUCCUGCGUGGAGACCUGCACCGACAAGGAGCUCCCGUUGGCUGUGUUCAAGAAGCCCCACUGUUUCUGUACAUGGACGUCCUCUCUGUUCAGUCUCAACCAGCAGUGUGUGGGGGACACUGGGCUGAACCACACCAGCAACUCCACCCACACAGCAGCCCCCGAGCUGGACCACUACCAGGUGUAUCACACCCCUGUGCUCGACUCCAGGUGCAAAGAGAGGAUGUUUCUGCCUCAGAGAUCCAGCUCCCUGGUGGCUCUGUCUAGUUUUCCUGGUGCAGGCAACACCUGGGUGCGACACCUGAUCGAGCUCGUGACGGGAUACUACACUGGCAGCUUCUAUUUCGACGGCACGCUGUACAACAGAGGUUUCAAAGGAGAGAAGGACUACUGGAAGAGUGGCCGCAGCAUAAGUGUGAAGACCCACGAGAGCGGUCAGAAAGAGAUCGAGAUGUUCGAUUCUGCCAUCCUGCUGAUUCGAAACCCGUACCGCUCCCUCAUGGCUGAGUUCAACCGCAAGUGUGCCGGACAUUUAGGACACGCUACAGACGUACAGUUGAAAAGCAAAGAAUGGCCAGAAUUUGUCUCCAGUUAUGCCCCCUGGUGGGCGUCCCAUGCUCUGAGCUGGCUGAGGUUUGGCCGCCGCCUGCUGGUGGUGCACUACGAGGAGCUGCAGAUGGCUCUGGUCCCUCAGCUGCGUCUCAUCACAGCCUUUCUAAAUGUCUCCAUGACCGAGGAGAGGCUGUUCUGCGCCCAGAGCAACCAGGACGGACACUUCAAACGUUCAGGGGGACAGAGACCCUCUUUUGACCCAUUCACUACUGAUAUGAGGCAGAUGAUUGACCCCUUUAUUCUUACCGUUGACCAGGCGCUGAAGAGCAGAAACUUUAGCGGAGUUCCACAGGAAUACCUUCCCAGAUGAUGAUGAUGUGAAAAGGUCAUAUACUACCUUCAAAAGACUGAUCCAGGUGGGGUUGUGACUCUUCAUGAGUAAGGGGAACACACACACUCUGUAAGUGGACCACCUGACUCUUUGAUAAGACAGACACACUGUGAAUGGCUGUAGAUGGCCGGAGGUCACUGGAGGAAACAUGACAAGUCCUUGUGAAACCCAAUGGAAUCAGUGAUGAAAGCCCCAGUGCCAAGAGCGCCUCGCGAAUAAGACGAGUCCUCAGAGAGGAUUGGACAUGAUUUGUUGGCCUGCUGAGGUGGGAUUAUCUGACAAGUGCCCGACUGCACAAAUAUGAGUUGGGUAAAUCCAGGAUGGAUUUAUUUUGGUUGAAGAAGUUUUUCUGCCACUCUUUUUAAUUUUCACUUGGGAACAUAUAUUGUGUUUUAACCUACACACACACUUGGAAAUCUGCUGGUUGCUACAGGUUUUGAAGACACUGAUGGAUAAAAGCCACAAGAGCUGCGUGGACUCUCCAUGAAACAGUUCAUUGAUAUGUUUAUCAUAAUGAACUGCUUUAAAACUGUAAACUGCAGCUGGUUUUAUGAUUAUUUUAUUUCAUUAAAAGCAUUCCGUUUCAAUUGA